AAAAAUUGUUUUAGAUGUAAUUCAAUUGAUUGUAGAAAAAAUACUAGCAAGUAAUGUUAUUAACACUGUAUGAAAACUGUUAAAGUUGUAUGUAAUCGAAUCGAGCACUGUUUUGCAUGACGACUACGGUCUUGUUUUUAAUUAUUUAUUUAUCGAGUGCGGGUGUUGUUUAUUGUGCUGCUAAAAUAACGACGCGAGACAAGUAAAAUUUGGCGAAUCGUUCGUUUUAGUGCGAAUGACGCGCGAGGCGGCGCUGCAACAAAAUCAAAUGACAAAAGUCACAAGAAAAAAUUGACAGCUGCUUGUUUGAUUGUGAACAGUGAUUUUCUUGAGGGCGCACAUAAUAUGAAUGAUAAGAGCUAAUUAUAACGAAUAUCUAUCAAAAACCAUAAAAAAUUAUGACUAAUGCUGACGAAAAUUUAACAAGAAACCCAAUGCCAAAAGUGCUUGUAUAACUAACGAGCUCGUUAGCACAAAUACCAGUUUUCCAAUAAGAAUCAUAUACAUAGAAUAAGAAAAAGAAAAAAUCAAGUGCUCCUAUUGUGCCUCCUCAUCUCGAUUCCAAUUAAUGCAAUAAUGUGCUGCUGAGUGAGAUUAUUAUCAUUAUUGCUGUUCAUCGUGUAGUUGUUGUUAUUGGAUCGCUACUGUAGCGAGAUUUAUUACAUUCCAACCGCCUUUGCUGCCUCUGCUGACGUCGCAAAAUGGUCUCGUUGAUAAAAAACCAAUUGCUCAAACAUUUGUCCAUCUAUACAAAAAAUCUUUCAUCGGACAAAAUCAAUUUGAGCACUUUCCGUGGCGAGGGUGAGCUAUCCAAUCUGGAACUGGAUGAACGUGUUCUCACCGAGCUGCUGGAGUUGCCCAGUUGGUUGCGUUUGACGUCAGCGUGGUGCAAUCAUGUCUCCUUUCGCAUUAGCUGGACAAAGCUCAAGAGUGUGCCCAUAACGCUGACACUUGAUGAGGUGCGCAUCACCAUCGAGACCUGCAAUCCCACAGCUCGCGAUGCGGGCGGAGGGAAUUCAACGUCUGCGGCUGCCUUGCCACAAGUGCCUCAGGGUAAAUACAGCUUCAUACACAAGGUGGUCGAUGGCAUCACCAUUGUGGUGAACACGGUCAACGUCAAUUUUGUCAGCGCCGCCUUCACAGCCUCUGUGCAAAUGUCCCGCAUUCGUGUCGAAUCCAAGAAUCCGAAAUGGGCUAGCGCUGAUUUGCGUUCCACCCGACUUAAGGAUGGACACAAGGGUAUCAUACUGAUCUUCAAGGAGCUCUCCUGGCAAACAGUACGCAUCGAGGCUAGUUCCACCCAGGACAAGUCCUUAACGCCGCUGCGUCUGCUCACGAAUCAUGCGCGUUGUCGGAUUACGAUCAGAAAACGGUUGGCCGAUUGCAGUUUGUUGGCUUCACGAUUGGUGCUCAUAUUGGAUGAUCUGCUGUGGGUGUUGACGGACUCCCAGCUGAAGGCAGCCUUGCACUUUGUGGACUCGCUGUCGGGACUCAUCAAGGCCGCCACACAUGCUACGCAAAAGUCGAAAGCGGCACGGAAGUUGCAGACGCUCCCCGAGUACCAGGCGCAGGUUGCCCAGCAGCAAAAUCGUCUCUCGGAAUCGGUUAACACAUCAACCGCUCAGCGAAUGUUCAAUGCAUUCGAUGUGCGCGAGACUUCGUAUCAUUUCUUCAGCCAGCGCAUCGAUCUGCACUUGUGUGACGACGAGGGCGAUGGUCGCUCCAGUUAUCCGGAGCUGGACAAGGGCGGCGCCUUGCAGGUGUCGGUUACAGCCUUUCAGGUUGACUAUUAUCCCUAUCAUUUGGCCAAAUCGGAUCGCUCACAUUGGGCUAAAUACAAGGAGGCGUCGGUGGCGCCAGCAUUGUGGCUCAAAGAAUCCUUGAAUGCUUUUCGGGAGGCUGUACUGAAUCUGAGCCAACCCAAUCGACCCGCAAUGCAUGCGCCACUGGAACGCAGUGCUCCAGCCUCGCCCAUCAUGCUGAAUGCUUCGCUGUUGAGCUCACACUUUGGCAACGGUGGAACUGGCUCCAAUAGCAGCAGCACUCCGACUGCAGCCGGCGUAGCAGCAUCAGUUUUGGGCGGUUCUGGCUCAGGAGGCUCAGGGAAUGCCUCGGCAAGCAGUCAAUUCUCGCAGGCAGCGCAGCAGCGGAAUACCUUGGAGAAUCUGGCCAAGCUGAUGAGUUCGUGUGUCAUUCUGCGCAUCGAGGACUUCACCUUGUAUCGUGUGACGACGUCGGGUAAAAAGCAAAUGCCCAAGGAGUUUGUUUCAGCACAACACAAAAGGAAAAGCCGUUCCUCAGGUGACAAGGAUCGCUAUUCGUUUCCCGCCGAGAUGCCAAUUGUGCACGCCGAAUAUACGUAUUUCUACUAUCCCGGUGAUUUUGUAUUUCCACUGCCGCCUUCGAAGAUGUUUGUGCACAUCAAUCCGUUGCAAGUGCACUUUGAUCUCAGCUCGAUAUUGUGGUUGAAUUCCUUUGGCUUGAAUUUGCACGAGAGUUUGCUGCGCACCAGCGUCGGCUCCCAGGCCACACUGCAGCCGCAACAGCCGCAACAACAGUCGCAGAGUACGCGCGGCUCGAUUGCCUCAUCAAUUGCCUCGAAUGGCUCCAAUGGCACACAGAUGGCCGCUGCGUUGAGCGUGGAACAGGAGCCAAAUCUGAUGUACAUGGAUGUCAAGGUGGAGGCGAUUAUGCCGCGCGUGGUCAUGGAAGCGGCGCUGGAUGCGCCAAAUCAAAAGGAUCGACCCAAAACAAUGCAAAUACAGAUCUCACGUUUCGCCCUCACCAACAUACGUGAAAUGGGCAGUUCCCGUGCGGAUUUAGCACAGGCCUUGCACUCCCUACAAGAGGGAUCUCUCGUCUUCGGCAGCGGAUUUCCAUCGGUUGAUGGGGAUAUGUGCAUUGUCACGGAUCGCAUACUAUCGCAUGUGGCUGCCUCGGAUGUGAGCAUGAUGCCAACAGCAGCAGGAGGAGCAGGAGCAGGAGCAGCACCCAUGUCGCCGCAAGCACAGCUGCCACGAUCUGCAUCCACGCAGUACCUGUCACGCUAUGCCAUGUGGUCGGAGCCGCGUGAUGUGUGGUGCAUUAAACUGGAUCCCAUUUGGGUGGAUUUUCUGGGCGCACGCUCCUUGGGCCCGAACAAAUCCAUACCAUUUGUGGAUGCAGUGCCCAUAACGCUCUGGCUGCAUGCCGGCCAAGCUCAGGCACAAGCCCAGUUGGAGCUGGAGCAGCGACGCCAGAGUGCAGCGAGUUCGCAAAUGGAAAGCAUGGGAUUGGCACCGUUGCCAUCGCUGCCGCCACUGCCACGCAAUCCGUUUCUCAGCGAGGAAGAUGUGCGUAUGCCGCAAGCAGCUGCAGCUGCCACAAAAGAAGCGCCUGUGGAGCGCUGUGCGGAUAUGCAUGCAAUAGCGCAUAUUUCGAAUUUGGUUAGCCUGCAAAUCGAUCAUUAUCAAUUGCUGUUUCUGCUGCGACUCGCCGAGGAAUUCAAUGAAAUGUCCACGUUUCUUAAUCUGGAUGCCGAGCGCAUAUUGCAAAAGCAAAAUCAACAGAAAUCCAUAAUAUUUGGGUGUGUGGUGCCACAGAUCGAGGUGACCCUGGUGAUGCCAUCGCCAACACCUGGUAAGGAAUCAAGUGGUGGUGAUGCUGAAAGUGUCUUACCCGAUUCAGCUAGUUUGGGUGAUGAUUUACACAUGAAUAGCGGCAAUAUAACUUGGCCAACACCACCGCCAUUGGAUCAGCUGAAGAGCAAUACGUUUGGCAGCGUAGAGACGCCCUCGCCAGUGACCAAUGAACCGCCUUUUGACAGUGGCAUACACAUAUCCAAUCCGAAUACACAUGGAUAUAAUGUGCAGAUACAGAGCACUCCAACAUUGGCUUCCUCAACGCCAAGUCAGGGUUCACGACCCGACACUGGCAUCUCCAUGCAAUCACAAUCACAAUCGACCUCGACAACUACAGCCCCGAAGAGUGUGAAGAACACAACGAUACGUUCAAGCGGCGGCAACGAUGCAGUGCCCAGCAUCACCAAGGAAAUCAAUUCGGGUUUGCUGUCGAUGAAGAAGGGCUUCUCCAGUUUUAUGACUUCCAUUGAUUCGGCCAUCAAGUCGGGCACGCCCAACGAUGACGCCAGCGACACGUUCUCGGUGCAGAGCGACAUUAGCUCCGAUUCGGAGAAUUUUGCCAUUGUCAUGGGCGAUGACAAGACGAUGGACUGCAUGGAUGUGAUGUUCCGCCUCAAUCCAUUCACCAAUGACAGCAAUAUGAAGGCAUCGCCUGUCGAAGUGGCCAGCGAGGUGUACGAAGAGCCCAGCAGCUACAAGACAAACAUGUCCUCGCCCUCAGAACCCUCAGAAGGCAGCACGUGGCGACGACGUGAUCUUGUGUCCAUGGCCACCUUUAGGCUGACCACAGUGGAGGUGAUACGUCAGCAGGAGGGCUCCAAAUCCUCGGUGCGUUUGCAGGUGGCAGCUGUGUCCUGUGAUGAAUGCGGCGCCAUUCCCUGGGAUGAGUUGCAGAUCGCGCAUCAAGCGAACAAGACCAAGUUUGGGGCACGCUGCAAAGCCUGGAACCUGGCGCCAUACAAUCCAGAAGCGCCGCCCUGCAUUCGACUGCGCCUUGAGGAGACCUUAAACAUGCCCAAGGAAAUUGAAGGCAUCAUCGAUCGCAAGCGCAUACAAAGUUGGUUUACGCACCAUGCGGAGAUACGCGUCAAGGACAUUAGUCUGGACUUGUCGAUGAGCACAGUGAUUGGCCUGGGUGACUUGGCCGAGGAUGAGAUCAUUUCCCCGCCCAUGCCUGUGACGAUUAAUCUGGAGAAUGUACGCAUCAAUUUGCUGGAGGAUCGACCGCCUGUUAAUAUUACCUCACCGGGUCCAGUGCCCAUCAAUCUGUGCAUUGGCCGCAUGCAUUUAGAGCGUGACAAGGAUGGUCAACUUCAAAUACAGCCAAUAGAUACAAACUUGAGCGCUGAGCAACAGCAAUCGCUGGGAGCCAGUGGCUUGUUUGGUGCACCGCGUGAACGAGAUCGCGAGCUGCUUUCUAUGCAACUGGUCAUGCAGCAAAUGAAGCUGGACAACGAGCAGCUGCGCAAGCAGCUUGUCGACUCCAAAGUCAACACUGACAAUUACAGGCACAAGACCAAGCAGGAAACAGAGGUGUUGCGCUCGUAUUUGAAGGCAGCACAGGAUGAUAUUAGCAUACUGCUGGAGGAGAAGAAAGCUUUGUUGGACACCAUUCGCUCAAUGCAGUUGCAACACGUUAAGCUUAAGAACACCACAAAUAAUAAUGCAAGGACAAGAGCUGCAACUGACCUCAUCGAGUAUGAGCCGUAAAAGCGAUGGCAACAGGUAGCACAACUGCAUGGACUGCAUACAAUGCUGCGGCGAAAACAACAAUGCCUAAGGUCUCGUGUGCAUCCCAGGAAUAAAGCUAGGAAGAAAAUGAAGAGACGUCCUCAUAUACACAUUUAAUGUCAUUUCGCUUUUAAAUCCAUCAUUGCGUUGAGUUUUAGCAGAAGACUGAGCCGUACUGAACACGGACACUAUUCACGUUGCCGUUCGUCGUCAUAUACUUACAUGCAUAAUUAUAUACAACUAUAUACACUAUACUAAACUAUACUAUAUACUUAACAAUACUAUAUACAUAUAUUUAUAUUUGUAUUGGUUUUUUAUUAUUUAUAAGCUAUAGCUAACUGUUCCAAAGAGAGAAUGUUGUUGAUCAGAAUUGAUUUUAAUUGUUUUUAUGUACGAGUUUUUUUUUUUAAUUUUUAUUGCUGCUGCAACUUUUAAAUAUAUAGCACAUUGUUAAAGAAUAAUUCAUUGAUUUUGAAACAAAAAGAAAUCGAUUGAAUCAAAAUAAAAGUAAAUAUUGUAUAUUGCUACCUGCAUAACUAUAUAACUAUUGAAAUGUAAUUUGUCACUGAUAUUACGUCGAAAACUAAAUGAAACAUUGUAUAUUCUAUAGAGAUAUUGAUAACAUAUUGUUGUGAUUCAUGAUCAUAUCAAAAAUACUGAAUUCUAGUAAUUAUACGUAUUACCUACAUAUUAUUCUAAUUAUUGAUAUUACAACUAUUACAUGUGUGUGUACUUGCUGUUGUUAUUCAUGUGCUAACUUAACUAAACAAUUGGCCAAAUUACAAAAAAUUAAACUAUUAACUAACUUUAGCAUUGAGUACUAGCGAGUUAUUAAAAUUUUUGUAUUACAUUAUUGAUUGCAUUCCAAAUAAAAUUGAUCAUCGUUUAACUAUAUAACAAAAAAAUAUGUAUUCAACUCUUAACUAAAUCAAAAAGAAAAUAGAAACAAAAACAAGAAAGGAAAGUAACAUAAAGAUACUUUCAAUUGAACUCAUGUUAAGUAACUCGUAUACAAAUUUUUAAUCGAAAGUUUUCAUAUUUCAAUAUACGACAUAAACAAAAUCAAAAAUAUAUACAAAAUAUAUACAUAUAUGUAGCAUAAUUUACAAGCUGAUUGUGUAAAUUUAAAAGCCCGAAAAUAUUAACAAAUGUUUGAAAUAGCAAAAACAAAGCUAAAUAUUGAUUGUUAUACAUGCAUUAUUUGAACGUUUUCAUCUGUAGCUAGGUAGAAAUAAAAAACAAAAACAAAAUGAAAGCAAAGGAAAUUGAAAUCAUAUAAAAAUAAACAUCGAUAAAAAUGA